AUGGCUUCAGAUGUUGCCAAAGUUCUACAGAUGUUGAGUAUAACUGAAAGUACCAAAGACCCCUUUGAGCAUGGUUUUGUCGUUGUCGGACAUUCAAUGGGCGCGAAGACUGCCCUCGGGACUAUAGUCCAUCUUUCUCGGCAUCUCGUCGCCGCAGUCAAAGGUCUUGUACUUGUUGCGCCUGCGGCACCAGCUUCACUAGACCUGCCACUUGAAAUGAAGGCCCAGCAAAUGGUGGCUUGUAAAUCGGAUGAAUCUAUUCGGUGGACCGUUGAGAAUGUUCUCGCUAAUACCGAGAGACUAAGUGCUUUUGAUAAGGACUUGAUUGUUCAGGAUAGUUUAGGUGGAAACGAACUGGCGAAGAAAGCCUGGCCAGCGUAUGGAAUGGUUGAGGAUAUCUGUCCUGCUGUGAAAGAUUCUUUGGCAUCAAUGAAGACAGGUCUUCGGGCCAGUGUGAUUUUUGGAGAAUUUGACAUUGUUGAGCCUAAAGAGCGAGUUGAAGCUGAAGUCGGUCAAUUUCUUACGGAGAAUGGAGUUCAAGUUACACUCAAGAUGGCAGAGGGUGUGAAACAUCUCAUUCCUCUUGAGGCUCCAGCCGUGAUAUACGAUGAAGUGUGCCGGUUCUGGUGA